CGUAGCGCACAAAGAAUUAAUGCAGCGGCAGAGGUCAGCGGUAGCUAGCACAGGGGCGGCCCGGCACCCAUGGUCGCAGGCAGUGACUGAAGCCCGCUCCGCAGCGCGCGGCGUCGCGGAAGCAGCAGCAGGGACCGACGAAGUGUCCAGCUUGACAGUUCGCAUGAUUUGCUGAGGCGGGUGAAGGGCUUCAGCACGUUCAGCUGCCAGCCGUUGGCAGCGGCAAGGGGGGUAGUGAAUUACGACCGCUCUCCCUGAGGCUCUUCCGGCGCAUGCGCCAAGUUCGCGUUCGGCAACUGGAUGGACUAAGCUUCGGAGCGUUGCCCUCUUGCAACGGGUACUGGACGAGAAUGACCUGCCGCUAGAGCUUGUGACUGUCUGUCCUAAUAUGCGUGUCAGCCAGCAAACGGCCGCUGAUGCGAUUACAGGUCAUCCGGCAUGGCAGCCUUUGACGUGGCUCGAGAGCAGGCGCGGCUGGGUCGGGGGCGGGGGGCGCGUGCGGGGCGUGUGCAUGUGGGGUACCGUCGCGAUCCCUCGGCAGACUCACCCACAACUCCAAACCCAGCGCAAUUACUCCAGAAUAGUUAAACUUUGCCUGGAACGAUGCAGACGCUUAGCAAGAACGCUAUUAAGGCCUCGCCGCGCCCUGCGGCGCGCAUGCCCGCAAGCGUGCGUCCGUUCACUUCCUCGGUCAAGCCGGUUGUCUCUCGUGUCUCGGUUAUUUCCCAUGCGACUCUUGCGGAGACCAAGGCGGUCCCUGUGAUGGAGAAGGGCGAGCUAAGCCAGUUCCCCGGCUCGGCUGGUGUCUACGCCGUUUACGAUAAGAACGGCACGCUGCAAUACAUUGGCCUGUCGCGCAAGGUAUCCGCCAGCGUUGCGACUCACAUGCAGGAGCUGCCCGACCUGACCGGCUCCAUCAAGUACAACAUCGUCGACGACGCCAGCCGGGAGGGCCUGACGGCCGCCUGGAAGUCCUGGGUGGAGGAGACCGUGGCUGAGGCCGGCAUCAUCCCUCCCGGCAACGCCCCCGGCGAGACCAAGUGGCAGUCGCGCAGUGUGGCGCGCGCCACCAAGCCCGAGAUCCGCCUCACGGCCGGCAAGCCCAUCCAGGGCGUCACCCUCGAGGAGCUCAUUGACCGGAUAGUCAAGGAGAACCCGAUUGUGGUGUUUGUGAAGGGCACUCGUCAGCAGCCCCAGUGCGGCUUCAGCUUCCGCAUGAUCAACAUGCUCAACACGCUCAAGGCUGACUUCGAGGUGGUCAACGUGCUGGACGAGUUCCACAACCCCGGCCUGAGGGACGCCAUCAAGAACUACAGCCAGUGGCCCACCAUCCCCCAGCUUUACAUCAGCGGCGAGUUCGUGGGCGGCGCCGACAUUGCGGAGCAGAUGGUGGGCACCGGCGAGCUGCAGACGCUGGUGCGCAGCGCCGCGGCCAAGGACCCCAACUAAAUGGACUGAAACAUGUGUGGGGGCUAGCGUGGACCGAGCAGUGUGAGGGGGCUUAGGGGGAGGAAAGCGCAGUCCGUGGCCACGACGCCCACGAGUGGCUGGUGCGUUGCGUGGCUGCGGUGGCGAGGCCGCGGUGCCGGCGGCUGUGCUGGAGAAAGAUGUGGAGGCGGGGGCGAUGAAUUUAUAUGAUUGCUGGCGGAAGCGAGUGGGGGCCCGGGUCUGAGCGGCGCGGGGCAGCCUGGGCUGGAGCUGCAUGACUGGCUGGUGGAGCCGUGGAGGGCAGCAGGACGGGGGAGAGCGGCUGAGACGAAGUGACAGGACAGGGCUACCGGAGCAGAACGAUCACGAUGCAUGGACCAUGAUAGUGACGCGAGUGUAGCAAGGGUUAUCCCAAUUUUGUGUGGCGUGGGAACUUGUCACUUGUGGUGCCUGUUAGUUGUGAACAUCUCCUCCCUGCUCCGAGUCCGCGCACUUUGCUGGUCCUGGCCCUGGGACAGUGGAGCCCUGGGCCCUGGGCGUGCAUUGCGUGCGGUCCUACGGAACCAGCCACAACAACUGUCACUGUAUUCUUGCCAAGCUUUC